CGCGGAGUCCCAGGCGGAACGCUGCUGCGUCGGCAGACUGAGUUUCCGAACGCACGCUUACGCCUCCCUCCAGCGAACUCGCUUCCGCUCCCAGAAUUCCCGCCCACAGUUCAAACUGGAAAAAUGGCGGGGGCUCCUGAGUCGGUGGUCCUUUCGCCUCCGCUGGACGCGGAGAAAGUGGCUUGGACAGAAGAUCGGACCUCGGUCCCCGCGACUUGCCGUGAGGACUUCCGGGUGCGCUGCACCUCGAAGCGGGCCGUGACGGAAGUUCUGGAAUUAUGCAGCCGCUUCGUGCAGCAGCUCGGAGACGCGCUGCCAGAGGAGAUUCGGGAGCCAGCGCUGCGAGAUGCGCAGUGGACUUUUGAAUCAGCUGUGCAAGAGAAUGUCAGCAUUAAUGGGCAAGCAUGGCAAGAAGCUUCAGAUAAGUCUUUCAUAGAUUCUGAUAUCAAAGUACUUGAAGAUCAGUUUGAUGAAAUCAUAGUAGAUAUAGCCACAAAACGUAAGCAGUAUCCCAGAAAGAUCCUUGAAUGUGUCAUCAAAACCAUAAAAGCAAAACAAGAAAUUCUGAAGCAGUACCACCCUGUUGUACCUCCACUGGACCUAAAAUACGACCCUGAUCCAGCCUCUCGUGUGGAAAAUUUGAAAUGCAGAGGAGAAACAGUAGCUAAACAGAUGAGUGAAGCCAUGAAGUCCCUGCCUGCAUUAAUUGAACAAGGAGACGGAUUUUCCCAAGUUCUAAAGAUGCAGCCUGUUAUCCAUCUCCAGAGAAUCCACCAAGAAGUCUUUUCCAGUUGUUAUAGGAAACCAGAUGUUGAACCUGAGAACUUUAUAACACAAAUAGAAACCACACCAACAGAGACUUCUACCAGGAAAACCACUGACAUAGUACUGAAAAGAAAGCAAACUAAAGACUGUCCCCAGAGAAAAUGGUAUCCAUUGCGGCCAAAGAGAAUUAAUCUUGAUACAUAAGUUCUUUUUCUUUAUCUUAGGAGUCAAAAUUAGGCACUAUCAACAUUUAGAUUAUAGUCUAAUGCCUAGACAGGAACUUCAUUUACAACAAGUAACUCUUUAGUGAUUUCUUUAUACAAACGUAGUACCUCUGUGCUGGGAUAUGCUGUAGUAUUGUACUGUAUUUCUUUUCUUACCAUUUCAUCUGUAGUCGAUGAAAAGCAUAUUUUUAAAAUAUUGGCACAAAGUCCAUCAAUGGGUAUUAAGAGUGUAAAAUUUUGCUGUUUUUAAAUGCCGUCAACUCUUGGCUACCUUACAGCUUUUAUGGAAUUUCAUGAGUAAUAUAGUCUGUUGGGUUUUCCGGAUAUACAACUUUCUUUAAAAAAGAGCUGUGUAACAGUUUAAGUGCUGAAAUGAAUCACCAGUUCUGCACAGGAACAGAUGCAGUUUGUUUGUUUUUUUCCAGUGUAGUUUGAUUUAUCAAAUUAAUGUGCAGAUGACAAGACGCUUUCACUUUGUCGCUCCAAGUUCAGCUAAUUUGGAUUUGUGGGAUUAAUUUUAGGAGUUUUGUUUUUCUUUUGUUUUGUAAAACGAAGAAGACAACUAUUACUUGCAUAAGACUUUCUCUAAGAAAUAAAAAAUUGUCAUGUAGCCAGUAUUUCCUGCCCACCCAUUUGUUUUCCAUAGGCUUAACUUUUACACAUAAUUUGACUUGGGACUAAUGGUUUCUUUUCAAGAUUUCUCAUUGUUUCUUUGUAAAUGAUUCCAGCUCAAAAAAUACAUAUAUAUCAGAUUAAUACGUUAACAAAUUGUCAUUGUGGAACAAAUAUAGAUGCAAUCAUACUGAACUAUUUUAUUUUACAUUUAAAGAUGUUUAUAUAUCAAGGAUGUAAUCAUUGGUAGAAGUCAGAGAAAGCUAGAUUGCCCAUACUUCUAACAUUUAACUACAGUUUCUUAGAGCUCUUAUUGUGUCUCUCACUCACAUUAAUACAAAAUAGGCAGGACCAUCCAACUUACCAACUGUUGCCCCUUUUGAUGACUGUAUAUACCUUCAUUCUUUUGCAGAGGAAUUUACUAAUCAUGAGGUUGGAAAAUCUGUACUACUCUUGUUCAUUAUGUUUUAAUAAUCAUAAAUGUCUAAGUGUGACAGGAAGCCUGUCUCAAAAAACUUACAAAGCCACUUUAUUACAUUCUGUAUUUUAAUGUUACAAAUUGGGAUCUGUAUAUUUGUAUAAAGCAGUGUGUUUUUUAUUAAAACA